AUGAGACCCUUAAAACUUACAGGUUUUAUUUUUUUCCUGUUGUCUUUGACUGAAUCCCUAGCUCUACCCACAAAGCCUCAGGAUGCAGAUCAUUUCAAUGCUAUCCAGAAGUUCAUAGAUGAGAACACUGCAUACCUGUCCAUCAUCUCAUUUGCGCAGUAUGUUCAGGAAGCAUCCUUUAAUGAGACAGAACGGCUGGUGGAAGUCAUGCUGGAUUACAGGGAUAGGUGCUUGGCCGAUAGCACACUUGUGGAGUGUUCCAAGACAGCCAACGACGCUAUCCAGGACAUGUUCUGUGAUAUGGAGGGCCUGCCGCAGAAGCGUAACUUUUCUCAUUGCUGCAGGAAAGGCAGCUUUCCCAGAAGACUCUGUUUCUUCUACAACAAGAAAGCCAACAUCGGAUUUCUGCCCCCUUUCCCUACUCUGGACCCAGAAGAGAAAUGCCAAGCUUAUAAAAAUAACAGUGAAUCUUUUCUAAACCUCUAUAUGUAUGAGAUUGCCAGAAGGAACCCCUUCACCUUUGCCCCUGUCCUUCUAACCGUCGCGGCUCGCUUUGGGGAGGCAGCGACCACAUGUUGUGAACAGCGACAGAAAGCGACCUGCUUUCAAGCCAAGGCAGCUCCCAUCACACAAUAUUUAAAAGCAGUAUCUUCUUAUCAAAGAAAUGUUUGUGGAGCCUUUAUAAAAUUUGGACCCAAGGUCUUAAACUCUAUAAACGUUGCUGUAUUCAGUAAAAAAUUCCCUAAGAUUGGAUUUAAGGACCUUAUGUCCCUCUUAGAAGAUGUUUCUUCCAUGUAUGAAGAAUGCUGUGAAGGGGACGUUGUGCAGUGUGUUCGAAGCCAGAGCCAGGUUAUGAACCAUAUCUGUUCAAAACAAGAUUCCAUCUCAAGUAAAAUCAAAGCGUGCUGUGAAAAGAAAACACCAGAACGUGAAGACUGUAUUAUUAACGCAAGUAAAGACGACAGACCGGAAGACUUAUCUCUGAGAAUACCCAAAUUUAGUGACAGUGAGAAUGUGUGUCGAGAACGAGAUUCUGACCCGGACAAGUUCUUUGCUGAGUUUAUUUAUGAAUACUCCAGGAGACAUACUGACUUAUCCACGCCAGAGCUCCUGAGAAUUACUAAAGUGUAUAUGAACCUCCUAGAAGAUUGUUGCAGCAGAGAGAGCCCAGCAGGUUGUUACCGCCAGGCGGAGGAUAAAUUCAAUGAGACAACUGAACGAAGCCUGGCGAUAGUUCGGCGGGAAUGCCAGCAGUUCCAGGAGCUGGGGAAGGACGCUCUGCAGCGCCAUUUCCUUAUCAAGUUCACCAAGGCAGCCCCUCAGCUCCCCGUGGAAGAACUGGUCUCCCUCAGUAAGGAAAUGGUGGCAGCUUUGGCAACCUGUUGCACUCUCAGUGACGAGUUCGCCUGUGUUGACAACUUGGCAGAUUUAGUUCUUGGAGAAUUAUGCGGCAUAAAUAAAAAUCGAACUAUCAAUCCCGCUGUGGAUCACUGCUGCAAAACAGACUUUGCCUUCAGAAGACACUGCUUUGAGCAUCUGAAAGCCGACACAACCUAUGCGCUCCCGUCAGUCUCUGCACUUGUGUCUGCUUUGCAUGCAGAUUGGUGUCAGCCUCGCAAGGAGGACCUUCAGAAUAAGAAACACAGGUUUCUGGUCAACUUAGUGAGGUGGAUGCCAGAGAUCACAGAUGAGGAGCGUCUGUGCUUAUUCACAAAGUUCCCGGCUGCCGGGGAGGAGUGUGAAGUGCUGGAGCCCGAGUCCUGUUUCAGUCCAGAGAGUCCAAAAACUGCUAACGAAAGUCAAGCCACAGAGAAACAAAGAUAACAGUCCAGAG